AUGAUUGCCCACGAAGUUUUGGCUUGUCUCGAGCUAGCGAUCUACGUUGGCCUUCUACUUCCCGCAACAUUUUGCACAAUCCAUUAUGUUUUCAAGGGACAAUUUGGAUGGCUUUAUCUCCAUGCCUUCGUGAUCACAAAAAUCGCGGGCCCGGCAAUCUUCAUCAGCAUAACUGAGCAUUCAUCACCAUCCUCCGGACUACAGAUUGCGGCCCAGAUCCUAUACCAAAUUGCUCUAGGCCCUCUUAUGUCUGCAACACUAUCUUUCGUCAACAUAUCCUCCAAACCCGACGAAGACAAAUAUGAGCACUCUUACUCUCCGCUUGCUCCACUCACGCAGGGGACAUCGCUCAUGAUCCUUCGUCUUGUGCACCCCAUCAUCAUCUGUGGCUUAGUCCUAGGCAUUGUCAGCGGAAUUGACCGUAUGCCAGACAGCUCCACCGGAAUCAUCAAUUCGGACAAGUAUGAUCGCGGUGCAACUUUUAUGAAGGUUUCAGGCGCCUUAUUCCUGGUUGCGUUUGCAGCUAUCUGCUUUGGCGUGAUCAAAUUGUGGAAGAGCCGGAAAGCACUCGUGACCGUGUCUUAUUACAUCGUGCGCAGUAUGGUUGUCGUUCUGCCCCUGCUCUUCCUGCGAAUUUUGUACUCUGUGUUGAAUUCGACGAAUCUGGACACUACGGGCCAUACAGGUCAUACCACCAAAUACAACAUUAUGAAUGGCAGUUGGGUGAUAUAUCUAAUUUUGGGUCUAAUUCCUCAGGCUACGAUUAUCACGGUUUAUAUUGGCAGCGGUGUCUUCGCGUGGAUGAAAGUUCGCCGAGGAACUGGGGUUUGA